UAAGAAAAAGGUCCUUGUCGGGUGAGCAAAUACCUAAUUUCAUGAAUAUGAGGAUAUAGAUAACAACAACUAAUAAAGUGUUACAACAGGUACGGAGUAGACAUUGAUGCUGUUGCCGGCUGGCUUGGCUCUUAUGGGGGCGAGGAUAGCACCAGCGACAUCAGCAGAGGACUCUGGGCUGGCACGAUCGGAACUCGCCGUCUACUCAACCUAUUCGACAAGUAUAAAAUCAAGGCGUCAUGGUUCAUACCAGGUCAUUCGCUCGAGACAUUCCCGGAAGAAUGUGCCAUGGUGAGAGACGCCGGGCAUGAGAUCGGUCUCCACGGAUACUCUCAUGAGAAUCCGGUCGAUAUGACGCUCGAGCAGCAGCGAGAUGUCCUCGACAAGACGUAUAGACUUCUCACCGAAUUCUGCGGUAAGCCACCGAGAGGUAGCGUUGCGCCUUGGUGGGAGACGAGCAAAGAAGGGACGGAGUUGAUGCUCUCUUAUGGUAUCGAGUACGAUCAUUCUAUGUCCCAUGAGGACUGUCAGAUGUAUUGGUUACGCACCGGAGACUCAUGGACUAAGAUCGACUAUAACAAGAAAGCCGAAGAGUGGAUGAAGCCCCUCAUUAAGGGGCAACCCACAGGCAUGGUAGAAAUCCCAGGCUCGUGGUAUAUCGACGAUCUUCCUCCUAUGAUGUUCAUGAAAAACUCGGCCAAUUCUCACGGCUGGGUUAAUCCGAGGGAUGUUGAAGACAUAUGGCGUGACCAUUUUGAUUAUUUUUAUCGCGAGUACGACGAAUUCAUCUUCCCGAUGACGAUUCACCCCGAUGUGUCGGGCCGACCGCAUGUCCUCUUAAUGCACGAAAGGUUGAUUGAGCAUAUUAACAAGCAUGAGGGGGUAGAAUGGAUGACAUUUGCCGAAAUGUGCGACUACUUCAAGAGUAAGAACAAGCCGCCUGAGGGAGCUAUGAUGCCCGCUCCUCCGGGGGAGAUCCUUAAGAAGUCAGGGGAGUAAUUGAGAUGGUGAAGAAAGACGGUCGGACGCUAGAGUGCAUUACCUAGUAAAUUGAACUAUUAUGAAUCUCUGCCGAAGUCUCCUCUUGGUCAGGUGUAAGUGGCAGUAAUACAGAUAAAAAAUGACGAGAAUCAGUAACGUUAAAAGGCCAGGUAAAUUUUAAUAAAAGGCCAACCCAUCUACUUUCCAC